AUGUACCAACCCGAACAACUGACCCUCGUACUACCGAUCAAUCCAGACGACGAAAUGGAGCAGGCAGCCAGCAUCAUAAAUGUUGACAACCACCCUCCAAGAACGCAAGAGGAAUUCAUGCAGGCGAUAGCCCACUAUCAACAACAAAUGCAGCGCAUUGAGCAAGAUCAAACGGCAGCUCGAGGACCUGGUUUGGAACAUGUGGCUGCGAUUGAGGCAGCUUUCGACAUCAAUCGAAUAACCAGCGACUUAACCAAGUUCAAAUACGUCAUACUCAACCUAGACUCUGUCGCGGAACCAUUUGUCAGUGAUCUAAUAACAAAUCCCCCGGAACACGACAAAUACGCUGCAAUAAAAAGUAGGAUGCUCAGUAUGCUAGCCGAAACAAGUGAGUCGAAAAUGAGAAAGCUCCUUCGAGGCGCGCACAUAACAGAUCAGCGUCCUACCCAUCUACUGCAAAACAUAAGAUCCCUGGCCGAGGGCCAGUGCAACGAUUCAAUUUUGCGUAUACUUUUCCUUGACUACCUGCCAGAGCAAGUACGAACGCACCUAGUCAUUAGUAAAACGACGGAUCUCAACAAACUUGCACAACAAGCGGAUGAAAUCACCGACAUUAUAGGCCCCACAAGGAGAAAUGUUUACGCGGUAGAGUACGAACAUUUACGCACACACACAAGCAGCAGCUCAGACACCAACGUAAACACGGAGCUGAAAGACCUCAAAGAGUUGGCAUCAAGCAACAGCCAAGUUGAACGCCACCUCAUAAUGACUGACGGACUUUCUGGUCGCAAAAAGCUCGUCGACACCGGCUCAACAGUAUCUGUGAUAUCAAAAGAUUUUUAUAAAGAACAUUUGAAGCCCACGCCCACCAACUUAUAUGCGGCGAACUCUAGUAUCAUACAUACACAUGGGCACCGGCUCAUAACUUUAAACCUUGGACUGCGGCGCGUUUUUAAAUGGCUCUUCCUCAUAGCUGACGUUGACCAAAUAAUAGUGGGUGUUGACUUCCUGGCGCAUUACGGUUUGCUGCCUGACCUAAGGAAUAGACGCCUGCUCGAUCCACUCACAAACCUACACUCACGAGGAUGGGUAUCGCCGGCGCGGCUGCACAGCAUAUCAACGGUGGACACUACGGUCAACGCACCCAGCCCAUUCGCAAGGCUCCUGGAGAAGUUCCUAGAUAUAACUAUUCCGGCACUAAAACGUAAGCCCGUCGUAGAAACGAUGGUGGCGCAUCACAUCGUGACUGACGGACCGCCUGUCGCGGAGUGUCCCCGCAAGCUAUCAGGUGAGAAAUUGCAGGCGGCCAAGGAUGCAAUCAGCUACAUGCUCGAGCAGGACAGGUACUCCCCACCGCUCAUCCAGGAUCUUUUCCCGAGAAUGCGAGGCAGGUGCAUAUUCUCCGUGCUGGACCUGGCCAAGGCCUACUACCAAAUACCUAUGGCUGCGGAGGACAUACAAAAAACGGCCAUGACGACUCCGUUCGGCCUAUACGAAUUUCUGGCAAUGCCUUUUGGCUUGAAGGGUGCAACACAAACCUUCCAACGAUUCAUCGAUGGCGUCUUUCGGGACCUGGAGUCUGGAUACGGUUUGACCAUAAACGUAGGCAAGUGCGUCCUGGGAAGCCGGAAGGUAACCUUCCUUAGUUACGAGAUUUCACCGGAGGGCUACAGGCCCACAUCCGAGCGUGUGCAGGCAAUACUAAAAUAUCCCCACCCCGCCACGAUUCAGGAGCUGAGAAGAUUCCUUGGCAUGGUUAACUAUUAUAGGACAUGCCUUCCUGGCGCGGCGCAUCUCCAGGCCCUAUUGAAUGCCUACCUCAAGGGAGCACGUAAAAACGACAAAAGAGUGGUCCAGUGGAACCAGACGGUGGCUGACGCAUUCGCUAGACUGAGGGACCUGAUUGCUGACACGACCCGGCUCACUUACCCAUCGGCCACCGCACCCUUGGCUCUAAUCACGGACGCCUCUGAACCCAGCAACACAAUCGGCUUAUUCCCCAACACCUAG